UUAUCUAAUACAGUCCUAAAAUAAUAUACUCCAUAAAUGAAUAAAUAUCUUCAUGUGAGGAGUAAACGGAGACGAGGGAAAGUGACUCGAAAGCAACUAGACACACAUAUAUACAAGCAAGGGAGGAAAGAGGAGGAAUUAAUCAAUGGCUGAUGAGGAAGAAAAAGAAACACCUUUAAUAUUGCAGCUGCAGCGCACCUCAUCACCGCUUCCUUUUGAAAUCCAACCCAUUGGAAACGUAUGGACAGGGGUAGCACAUUUUAUAGCCGGAGUAAUAGGAUCAGGUGUUUUAUCCCUUGCUUGGAGCCUCGCACAGCUUGGUUGGAUCGCCGGUCCACUCGCUAUUCUAGUCGUCGCUUUCUUCUCCCUCGUCUCCGCCUUCCUCAUCACCAACAUUCAUACUACUUAUUCUAACCCAUCCCUGACCCCCACCACUAACCGCUCCUUCCUGCAGGCAGUUCACACCAUUUUAGGAUAUAAGAAUGGAUUCAUAUGUGGAUGCUUGGUAUAUUUCAGUCUCUUUAAAACAGGAGUUGUCUAUGUAAUCACUGCUGCUAUCUGUAUGAGAGCCAUUAGGCAGUCAAAUUGUUACCACCAACAAGGCCACGAAGCUGCUUGUGAAUACGACAACAGAUACUUUAUGCUUGUGUUUGGAAUCGCUCAGAUAGUAGCUUCUCAAAUACCCAACAUUUUCCAUACCAAAUGGCUCUCAAUCAUUGCUGCAAUCAUGUCCUUUACUUAUUCCUCCAUUGGAAUUGGACUUGGAUUAGCCCAAGUAGUAGGACAAGGGACAAUCAAAGGUAGCAUCCAUGGAGUCUCUACUGCUAAUCCCACUCAGAAAGCAUGGUUGGUUGCUCAAGCUAUUGGAGAUAUUGCUUUUUCAUUGAACUUUUCGUUAAUACUUCUGGAGAUACAGAGCACAUUGAAGUCACCCCCGUCUCAAAAAGAGACCAUGAAGACGACUUCCACUAUUGCAGUUUGUAUAACUACUGCUUUUUAUAUAUGCUGUGGUGCAUCUGGAUAUGCGGCCUUUGGAGAUAUGACUCCUGGAAAUCUGCUGACUGGCUUUGGGUUUUAUGAACCAUAUUGGCUUGUUGACUUUGGUAAUGCAUGCAUUGUUGUCCACUUAGUUGGAGGGUAUCAGAUAUAUAGUCAGACAUUGUUUGGAAUUGUGGAAAGAUGGUAUGUGGUGAAGUUCCCUGAAAGCGUAUUCGUUGAGAGUUUCAAGGUUUGGUUGUUGGCUUUUGAUUUUAGAGUCAAUCUUCUUAGGUUAUGUUUUAGAAGUGCAUAUGUUGUUUCGACAAUGGGUGUAGCAAUGUUAUUUCCUUAUUUCAAUGAAGUCCUGGCAUUUUCGGGUUCAAUAAUCUACUGGCCCUUGACCAUAUAUUUCCCUGUGGAGAUGUACUUUGUGCAUAAGAGGAUUGUACCUUGGACCGGCAAGUGGAUUGUUCUUAGAAUGUAUAGCAUCUUCAGUUUUAUCGUAACAAUUUUUGUUUUGGUUGGUUCCCUUGAAGGACUCAUUGCCAAAAGAUUUGGUUCUUAGUAGAUUUUUAUUCUUUUAUCCACGGUGGAUAAUCCACCCAAUAUAUUGUUGGUUCUGAACAUCUGAGAUAUUGUAUCUAAAUCAUAAUAAUAGGAGUUGAAAGAAGCUUUAUCGAUAACUUGUAUAUAUACGCGUUUAUCAUUGCGGCUAUUAAUGUGGAAAGAAGCUACACAAGUUUAGUAGCAAGCUUGCAGUCAGCAGUUCCAGGUUACAAUAUUAUGAGAAUGUGGAGGAAGUAUGGGUGUUUGCUAAUAGUAAUGGGACCUAUUUCUUUUGGUUCAGUAAAUGGACCAGGAUGAUUAGUAAGAAGCCUUUGAUUAUUCAGAAAUGGAGCCUUGAGGUUGUUAAUCUGUUAAUGAUAGAAGUGAGCCAAGUAAACUCCCACAGGUCAGAAUUACGAAUGUAGUGUUGAGGCUGGAGCAAUUUUGGGAUAAGUAAAGUAAUACUCGUAUUAUACAAUAAUCGACGAGUCAGUCAAUGUGCAGAAGCCGACAAAGCAAAAACGAUGUCUUCAUUUGUAUUAUUGUAUAGGCUUGGUCGUCCGUGCUGCCUUAAGUGAUUCAUUCUUGUUGAACUUGAAUCCAAUAACGGUGUUCGGAAAACA